AUGGACAUGUACGCGAGCGGCGCGAAGCUGCAGGACGCGAUGGCGACGAUCGCCGACGAGGCCGCGGACGCGGGGGACGCGGCAGCCGCGCUCGCCGCGCUCUGCGAAGUGCUCGCCGAGUCUGGCUCGGCCUCCAUCCUGGCCACCCCGCACGCGGGCCUCGCCACGCGCCUGCCGGCCCUCCUCGCCGGCGGCUCCGGCUCCCAGGGCGAUGGCGUGCCGCUGCUCGCCGCGCGCGCCAUCGCGGAGGCCUGCGACACCGCGCCCCAGUGGGCUUCGCACUUCGCGCGCCACGGCGCCGUCGAGGCGCUCUGCGACAGGCUCCUCGCCGUUGACUGCGUCGAACUCGCCGAGGAGUGUUUGUGGGCUCUGAACGCCAUAUCUUUGGAAUGCCCUCACGAGUGCCUCAGCCGGGGAGUGGCAGCUGCUGUGCUGCAGUUCUUGGACUUCUUUUCAACGAGCAAGCAGAAAGUGGCGUUUGAUAUCCUCCUGCACAUCUUCAGUGAUUAUGAUGAAGUGAAUGCGCCUAAGGCCAUGGAGGCUGUGCCUGCACUGUGUAACCUCCUGCAAAAUUCUGAUACAAUGAUUCUUGAAUCUGUUGUUCCGUGCUUGGUAUCGAUUGCUGUUGGUGCUUGUGAAAAUGAUAAAUACAUGAGUAAGCUCAUCUAUGAAACGAAUGUGGUCAAGGCAACAUUGACCUUGAUGUGUAAUGAGAGGUGGAAGAGCCUCAAUGAUGCCACCUUAGAGGUCGGGAUGCUCCUGGAGCUCAUUUACCAACUUAUGCCACCUCUUGAAACUUCUGGUCAACAUCUUAAAUUACUCACUGCAAAGAAAAAAAUCAUCAUGCGACAUCGUAGAUACAUGACCCAGCUUGCUAGCACCUUUGCCCUUAUAGUACAGGUUGCAAAAUCUGCUGCACUAUCAUCAAUUUGCUACUGCUGUGUUGUUGUCAUUGGCAGCUUUGUUAAAUUAUGCACACCUAAUUUCCUAGUGGAGUUACAGAAGACUGUAAAUCUCUCUAGCUUAUUUAAUUGUUUGUUGGCCCAGAAAAACCAACACGUCUUAUUUGAAACACUCAAAAUUUCAAGGAUCCUUGCAAAAAAAGAUCAGCACUUUUUCUUGGAGAGCUUUACCAAGGAGGGUGUAAAGCAUGCAAUUGAGUAUAUAGUAUCACAAUCAAAAAAUACCAGUCACCAGAACAUGAAAGAAUUUUGCCUUUGCUUUUACAUGAAAACUUCCUCGACUGUUGAGGCAUGCAGCAUUGCGAAUAAUUCUGUUACGGAACUAGCAAAAGAGAUAAAGAAAAACUUCUUAUCGGUAAAAGGGAGUAACAAAUCUCCAAAUAGGUUUGGAUUCACUCUCAAAAGUGUCAGGGACUUUUUUGCUAGGUUGAAUUUAUAUUCCUCGACACACCUUGCUGAAAAUCCUGAUAGCUGCAAGCAGUUGUUUGAUCUUUCAAGGAGAUUAUUGUCAGAUGAACUGCCAGUUACUUCUAAUUUUGAGUUUGUGCAGAGUGGGUCUAUCAAAUGUUUGUCAGUUUAUCUCUCAAACGGGGCAUACUGCAAUGCAGACCUUAAUGAUGGACCUGUACUUGAGCAGCUUAGUGUGGUGCAUAGUCGGUUGCAUAAAUUUGCUAAUUUGGCUCUCACCCCCUUCAAUGAAAGUUCAGCAAAUCCACUUGGGAUUUUGGUGGAGAAGCUGCUAGACACUUUGCACAUGUGCUAUGGCAGUUUUCCGGUACUGCUAUCUUAUGAACAGAUGCCACGUGAGGACAUGAUGAUUCCGCUGAGAUAUCCUAAGGCCAAGAAACCAACAUCAUUGCUAUUAAAAUUCCGGAGGUCGCAGAAGGAGAGAGAAUUGUAUAACUACAAUGGUGUUCUUAGUGUCGACCUUUUCUCAACACCAGAUAGCACCGAACCAAUUCUAUUUCCUGAGAUCUUUAGAAGAAAUGGGAACAAAUCCUCAAGACUGGAAUUCUUCUACAAUGGCGUGACACUCCAACCAUCUGUUACAUUUUUUGAAUCGAUUCUCCAUCUGAUGUACAAGGGACAAUCUGAUGUAUGGAUCGACCAAUCUUUCUGGGUUGAAGAACACAGCAUAACCUAUAGGAAAAGAAUCAAAAGCAAUAAGGAGAUCUCGUCUCAGAGUUCCUACUAUACUCGGUUAUCCCACGUGCAUGAAAUCCUUCAACGUGCAUGGUUAAAGGACCCUUUUUUCACUGCCAUACUUAAUGGCAAACUUCCUGGCAAUCUGGAUGUGUCUGACCUGUCAUACAAUCUCUUAUUCAUGCUGAAAGUUCUUGAAGGGGUGAACCGUUUUUCAUAUCAACUCUUGAUGGAUGAACAGAUAAACAAAUUUGCUGAAGGUAUUCAAGAAGAUAUCAAUGAUAUUGAAGUGGCAAUAUGUCCAGUACCACGACAUCAGUUCCUCAGUAGUCUUCUCAUAAAUAAGCUAGAGAUGCAAAUGCAAGAUGUCUUGUUCGAUGAUGGCCUCAUACCCUCGUGGUGUGUCUAUCUGGUCGAGAACUGCCCAUUCCUGUUGUCCUUGGACACACGGUGGAAGUACUUCUGUCUGACUGCACAUCGCUCAUUCUUUCCAGACCAGAUUAACCGUUAUUAUCCACAAACUAAAAAGUACAGGGUAGCCCGAAGUGCUAUCAUUGAAGGUGCUGUAUCAGUGAUGACCAAUCAUGGUCCAAGCAAUAGAACCAUUGUGGUGGAGUUCGAAGGAGAGAUUGGGUUUGGGCGAGGUCCAACAUUUGAAUUCUACUCUACAGUUAGUCAUGAACUUCAAAGAGCUGGGCUCGGAAUGUGGAGAGGAGACAGCGGUGAACAUGGAUUCGUUCAUGCUCCUUUUGGACUAUUUCCAAAGCCGUGGCCAUCAUCAUCACAAGGAAUUGAUUUUACUAAUAUGCUACAAAAAUUCAAACUUCUAGGGAAUCUUGUAGUGAGAGCGGUUCUGGAUGGAAGGAUUCUGGAUAUUCCACUUUCUAAAGCAUUUUACAAAAUCAUGCUUGAGCAGGAACUCGAUAUGUAUGACAUCCUAUCAUUUGAUCCUGAGCUGGGCCGGACAGUAAUUGAGUUUCAAGCACUUGUUAGCAGGAAGAAUUUUUUGGAAACCUCUUCAGAGGAAUCUAACCCUACGGCGGCUGACUUGUCCUAUAAAAACGUGAAAUUGGAGGAUUUGUGCCUUGACUUCACUCUUCCUGGAAAUCCUGAAUAUGAACUUGUUCCUGGAGGCUCAGAGAAGAUGGUAACACUUGACAGUUUAGAUGAAUAUGUAUCUUUGGUCGUUUAUGCCACACUGAAGAGUGGGAUUGCCAAGCAGAUCGAAGCUUUCAAGUCUGGAAUUAAUGAGGUUUUUGAUCUCAAGGCCCUCAAAAUGUUUACAGAAGAGGAAAUGGAACGCAUACUAUGUGGUGAACAGGAUGCUUGGGAUUUAAAGAACCUUGAGGAUCACAUUGGGUUUGAGGAUGGCUACGAUAUGAGCAGUCAACCGGUUAUUAUUUUUCUGGAGAUAUUGCGAGAGUUUGGAAGAGAGGAGCAGCGGGCUUUCACACAAUUCAGCACUGGAGCCCCUCAUCUCCCACUUGGCGGCCUAGCUUCGCUUGAUCCCAAGCUCACUGUCGUACGCAAGGAAUGCAAUGGCAAUGUAGACGACGAAUUGCCAAGCGUCGCUACCUGCUGGCACUGUAUCAGGCUCCCUCCUUACUCCUCGAAGGAGAUAAUGAGAAAGAAGCUCAAAUAUGCCAUUACAGAGGGUCUAGGCGCUUUCCACUUAUUAUGA